GAGCCUGUCACUCAGUUCUGUGCCACUUCUGUCAUUAGAAUUUUUCUUGGGGCCUCUCUGCUUAGGAUUGUCCACAUUUUUCAUCCACGAAUCAAGAUCCAGUUAAUCAUCUACUAGGAUCCUUAUUGAGAAACAUGGCCGAGACUCAGGCGAACGAUAAUACUACUUGCGUAGUUUGUUUCAAGAAUGUCUUGUAUUACUCGAUUGGGGAAUGUGACCACCCCGUUUGUUUUGAGUGCUCGACUCGUAUGCGAGUGCUAUGCUUACAAAAUGAAUGUCCAAUCUGUCGUCAGGAUCUUUCAAGGGUUGUCUUCACCGAAACGAUUCAACCUUAUAAAGAGCUUCGUAAUAAGGUGUUUAGUGAUCGGCUGUUUGAAAGGCAGUUCAAGAUAGGAUUCUGCACUGAAGAAAUAAAGAAGGAAUAUGAGAAACUACUGGAACAUCGUUGUAAGACAUGUGAGAAAAAUCCACCAUUCCAUACAUUCACCAUGCUGAGUGAUCACAUGCGGCGGGUCCAUGAGCGCUAUUACUGUGACCUUUGUGUUAAACAUUUGAAGAUAUUCACUAGUGAAAGGAGAUGCUAUACACGUCAAGAGCUGGCUCAUCAUCGACGGAAAGGUGACAUUGAUGACACAUCUCAUAGGGGCCAUCCUUUGUGCGAGUUCUGUGAGGAGCGCUUCAUGGAUGCUGAUGAGUUAUAUCGUCACUUGCGUAAGGAGCAUCUCUACUGUCACUUGUGUGAUGCCGACGGCAAGAAUCUGUACUACUCGUCACACUCCGCACUCGCUCAUCACUUCCGUACUGAUCACUAUCUUUGCGAGGAGGGGGAUUGUGCAGGAGAGCAUCUGACUGCUGUCUUUAGAAGCGAAAUUGAUCUCAAAGCUCACAAGGCUACAGUGCAUGGUAAAGGCAUGCCCCGAGGAGCGGCGCGCCAGGCUAGAACGCUCGAGUUACAAUUUAACAUCACUCCACAUUCAGUUGUGCAGCGGGCUCCGAGAGAGAGGGCGGAGCCCCAGCCGGCAGCGAGCCCUCCGGCGCCGGAGCCUCGCACGCGCCCCGCGCCUGAUACGCGCAGCAACGAGCAGUUCCCACAACUCUCAACCGCAUCGCCCGCUACCAACCUAAUACUGGCACCCUCUAGGGCUUACAAAGGUGCGGAGGGUCUGACUCGCAAUGACAAGAACUUUCCUGCGCUGGACGGUUCCGGCCCUUCCCGCAGCGCGCCACCGCCCGCGCCGCGCCCUCAGGCACCCGUUGCUGCUACUAUACUUAGAAAUUCAAAGCCCAGCGUGUCCAUACAAGUGCACAGCCAGCCGGCGAGCGCCAGCAACUUUCGUCUGACGCAGGCUAAUACUAACCGCAUCUCCAUACCCGCCAAGAAGAAGCCGGUCCCGCUCAGCGAUGAUGACUUCCCCUCCCUCGGCCCCAAUAUGCCGAGAGACGACCAUCCCAGCAUCGGAUCCGGCACCACACAACCCUCAAAGGUCGCGAUGAUUAACAGUGAAGAAAUGCAGGCGUUUAAAAGCAAACCUACAAAUCACCAGACAAAGAAAACAAAUCAUAAAACUAUGGAAGCUUUUCCUGCGCUAACAUCUACAACUGCUCCAUCGGCCCCGCCGCAGUGGAUCAAUGUCUCCAAAGGAAACAACAAGCCGAAGCCCAGAGCCGAGCCCGCGCCGACCCCAGCCAGGGCGCCGGCUUUCAAUCCAGUAGCAGACUUCCCAACACUGCCAGUCAAUAUGACAAAGUCUAAAGUCAUUAAAUCCCAGCCACAACCAAAACCCACAACAAUCACUACUAAGGUAAUCAACACUGAAAAUACAAAGUCCAAGAAGGAAAAGAAGAAGCAAAUCAACAAUCCCAAGAAAGAAAAUCUCUUUGACACAAAUCACUUUAAUGGUUUAUGCGAAAAUAAUAAUACAGAAAUGGCCUACAUCACACCCAGUGUGAACAGCAACAACCAAAGCUCGGAGACGGAUAGGAAAAUUAAAACUAUAACUGACACUCCUGCCGCAGCGGGCAAUAAGAAUCGAAAUAACUUCACUCUGACUCAAAAAGAAUAUCCUCCAUUGACUACUAAUAAUGACAAUCACAUGCCUGAACGUCAAUGGAAGCCAGUCAAGACUACCCAAAAUGGUGUGACUAACCAAAAACGACCAACGGUCAAGUGUGACGGAAUGACUUUCACCAACUCAGCGGGCCAAGUGUUCCCCGCCCCGGUCCACACUUACAUCCCACCACCGGAUUUUGAAUAUAGAAACCAAGCAUUGGUCAAGAAGUUUGCUGCAGCAUUGGGUGAUAUUGCUGCAGUUGAAAACUUUAAAGCUGCAUCCAGAGCAUUCCGAGACAGUACUAUAAGUGCGGAUGAUUUCUACCAAUCUUGCCAGGCCGCUUUAGGUUCAAAACUUGAAAAUGUAUUCCCAGAUUUGGUGGCUUUAUUACCUGAUAUAGCGAAGCAGCAAGAAUUAGUGAUUGGAAGAGAUAUAAGUGCAUUGUUGGAAGUGUGCACAACUUGCGGGCAACUGGUUGUUCCAGAUGACCGUAUUGCUCAUGACACAGCUCAUUGGCCCCCACUAGCCCCCCGUUAGGGUCAAACCACACUAUUGUGAUACGUAUUAUCAAUUAGAUACACCCCUGUAGUGAAUUUAUUACUAUCCUGCAUUAAAUAAUAAAGACUUCAUGUAGCGACUGGCAAAUAACCUAAAAAAAAUGCACUUGAUUUUUUUUGCUCUUAUUCGUGCUGAAGGAUUGUAAUUAGUGCUUAUAUGUGAUUGAUGUCAAUUACGUUGUUAAGACUCUACGCUACGCUUCAUGCUUAAGGUAUUUUGCCAGUCACAAUGUAUACUGUACUCUGUUCAUAAAUAGUA